AUGAGAGCCACGAACCAAGAUCUCGACCUCUCCAUCCACCACAAAACCUACACUCGGCGGAGAAUAUUGGCUCCAAACGCGACAAAAUCUAGGGGCAAAGAGGAAGAACAACAAAAAGGUACUUACAAACCAAAGCAAAAGAGGCACGGUGCCAGAGACAAGCUCCGGACACCGGCCGAAGCAACAAACCCGAAAGAAGCGGCGCUGAGUUUUGUCUGA